CUGCGCAGGUCGGGCGCUCGGGCGGGCAGUGCGGCGCCGCUGGCCGGAGGCGGAGGGGGAGCGAUGGAGCAGGGAUACGGCGGUUAUGGCACUUGGAACACUGGGGCCACCAAUGCUCAAGGUACAUACGCCACCAACGCCACGAGCUGGCAAGGCUAUGAAGGCUACGACUACUACAACACCCAAACCACCGCCGCCAACACGGCGGCCACCUACAACUACGCGGCCGGCAGCUCCGGGGGCUGGGACCCCCCCAAAUCCUCGGAGCUGGGCCUGACCCCGGAGGUGGGGGCCCCCCUGCCCGUCCCCUCCUACGGCCCCGACUCCUCCGCCCCCGAGAACUCCGACUCCAUCAUCGCCAAAAUCAACCAGCGCCUGGACAUGCUGUCCAAGGAGGGCAGCGGCGGCGCCGGGGAGGGGAUGGAGGACCAGGAGAGCUCCUUCAGGUUUGAAUCUUUCGACUCCUACGACUCCAGGUCGUCGCUGAGCGACCGCGACGUGUUCCGCUCGGGCUACGACUACGGGGACGCGGCCCCCGACCGCGGCGAUUCCUUCGGGGGGGGGCAAUUCGACAGCCGCCGGGACCGCAGCCGGGGGGGCGCCGGGACCCCCACCAACGCCCCCCCCUCCACCUACGGCCUGAGCAGGGGCCGGGCUCCAAACCGGCUGCAGAACCGGGGCCGCCCCACCGUCUUUAACCGCUCGGAGCCGUUCCCGGGCUCCUCCAGCUCCGAGCGCCUCUCGGCCCGCUGGAACGAGCUCAACUACAUGGGGGGGGGCCGCGGCAUGGGGGGGGGCGCCUCCAACAGGCUCCCCUCCCUCUUCUCCCAAGCCCUGGUGCCCGAUUACGGCGACUACGGGGAUUACAACGACUACGGGGACUACGGCGGCGACUACGGGGACUACGGGGAUUACGGCGAUUACGGGGACUACGGGGAUUACGGGGACUACGACUACGGGAUGAUGGGCAUGGCGGGCAUGGGGGUGGGGCGCUACGGGACCCCCCCCUACGGAAUGGGCAGGCAGCGGCACCGCGACAGGAUGGGCGCCGGCCCCUGGCACGGGAACACCCUCAUGCAAAAAAGAAGGGGUUUCCGGCCCCGGGCGGGCGGGAGGGGGGACGGGGAGGGAGGUGGCCGCAAACGCAAACAGUCUCCGAGCGGCGACGAGCCCGAGGGCAAACAGGCCAAGAGCGACAGCGAGGGCGACGACACCGAGAACGAUGAGGGCGAAGGAGAGGAAAAAUCAGGAGACGAAGCUGACAAAGCAUCUGGAGACGGGUGCGAAGACGACGACGAGGAGGUGAAAAAGAAGAGGGAGAAGCAACGGAGAAGAGAUCGGAUGCGGGACCGGGCUAUGGACAGAAUCCAGUUUGCCUGUUCCGUCUGCAAAUUCCGCAGUUUCGAGGAGGAAGAGAUCCAGAAACACCUUCAGAGCAAAUUCCACAAGGAGACACUGCGAUACAUCGGCACCAAACUCCCCGAUAAAACCGUCGAGUUCCUGCAGGGCUGCCCAGAGAGGUGGGGGGGUCUCCUUCUCUGGAGACAUUCAACCCCUGCCUGGAUGGGACCUGCUGGGUGGGGGUUGGAGGAGACGAUCUCCAGAAGGUCCCUUCCCACCCCAAAUAUUCCUGUGAUUCUGGGAAAACACCCGUUAAUUGGCUGAAAGUCUCAUUUUUGGGGGGUAUUUGUAGGUAUCGGCCAAGAACAUUUCUUCAAGAAGAUCGAGGCCGCUCACUGCAUGGCCUGUGACAUGUUGAUCCCUGCCCAGAACCACCUGCUCCAGAGGCACCUGCGAUCUGCUGACCACAACAGGAACCGCAGGAUGGCAGCCGAACAGUUCAAAAAGACCAGUUUACACGUGGCCAAGAGCGUCCUGAAUAACAAACACAUCGUCAAGAUGCUGGAAAAAUACCUCAAGGGAGAAGAUCCUUUCACGGAUGAAAUCCCGGAUCAGGAGGUGGAGGAGGCUUUGGAAGGAGGAGAAGGAAGCGCCGCCGUCGAGGCCGGGGAGGGAGAAAACACCGGAGGAAACGCCCCCCCCACCGAAACGCCGGAAAUUCCCCCGGAUUUUCCCAAAAAUGAGGAAUUUCUGAAAAAUCUGGGAGACGAGGAUCCCCCCAAACCCCUCCUGAUGCCCCCGUUCCUGCAGGACGACGAGCCGGAGGUGACGCCGGAGGCGACAGCGGAAGAAACGCCCUCGGAAGCUCCGCAAGAAACCCCCCAAAAUCCUCCAAAAACGGCCGUUUCACCCCAAAACGAACCUGAGGGUGGGGCUGGAAAAGAGGAGGAGGAGGAGGAGGAGGAAGAGGCUCCUCCGGCGCCGCAGCCGGAAGAACUGUGAAUAUUUCCCAAGGACGAAGAAGCGGCAGGAUCGUCCCCUCCGAAACCCGCCGGCUGCUGGGGGGCGGGGGGGGGGACGGACACACACACGUUUUUUGGGGCAAUUUUAGAAAGAAAAAGGAAAAAAAAAAUACCAAAAAAAAUAAACCCCCAAAAAGUUGAGAUUUGGAAAAAUAAUAAAAAGCAUCGAUUCCACCCCAGCGGCUCUUUGGGUUUUAAAUGCAGCGAUGACCUUUUCCCCCCCAAAAAAAUCCUCAUUUUGGGCAAAUUUUGAUGGUUCUUUUCCCUAAAAAAAUGGAAUUUUUCCUCUUGGAAAAUAUAUUUAUUUCCAUUUC